CACCAAAUGCAUUCUCACCGGUCCGCCCAAGCACAACAGUCCUAUCUGGAUGUGUCGGACGCCAAAUUGUACUACGAAGUACGUGGCCAGGGCCCCCUGCUCCUGGUGAUCUCCGGAGGAAACGGGACCGCCGCGUUCUUUGCGUCUUUCGCCUCGCUGCUGUCCUCCCAGUUCCAAGUGGUGACCUACGACCGACGAGGCUUCUGGCGGAGUCCCCUGCACGAGGGAACUGACUUGGAUGCGGCCCGGCUCUUGCAGGCCAACGUCGAGGAUGCUGCUGCGCUGCUCCGACACCUGUCGCCCAACGCGCCAGCCACCGUCUUCGGAUCCUCGUGGGCCGCCAACAUUGCCCUAAACCUGCUCAAGACCCAUCCACAUCUCCUCCGCCAGGUCAUUGUCCACGAACCAGUGCUGGGAAACCUGUUCACCCCGGAGAUCACCCAGCGAUUCCGCGAGGACGUCGAUCGGAUCAUCGCUGCCUUCCGCACCCACGGGGUUCCGGCAGCCAAUGCGAUCCUCACCUCCAUCACCAGCAGCGAACGCGAUCGCGCGCUCUUCGUUGCCUCGACGGUGUUUCAGGAACUGCGGUCCCUCCCCGCCAGCAAUCAGGACUGGUAUUUUGGGGUGCAGAUGGUCGAAUGGCGACAGUUCACCACUUUCGCGCCCGAGCUGCUCCUCGUGCAUCGGGACAAGCUGAUGCUCACGCGGGGGGAGGAGGAAUCCCCCGACUUGACCGCACAGCCAACCUGCGUGCUAUCGGAUCGAUUGCAGAUGCCGGUGGUGAACAUGCCGGGGGGUCAUCUGGGGUACAUUACGCACCAGCCAGAGUUUGUUACGAGUCUGGGGAAGCUGUUGGUGCAUCACGAGCGAGCGAGGUUGUGA